AUGUCGGGGGACAGCAGCGGCCGGCGGCCCGAGGGCCGGGGCCGGGGCCGCGAGCCGCACCGGGAGCGCACCCGCUCCCGCUCCCGCUCGCGCUCCCCGCUGUCCCGCCGCGGCGCCGCGCCCGAGCGCAGGGAGGCCCCGGAGCGCCCGAGCCCGGAGGAGGGGGAGCCGUCGGACUCGGGGGACGAGGCGGUGGACCCCGCGAGCCUGGAGGCGGAGACGGACCACGGCCUGUGCCGCCAGAUCCGCCACCAGUACCGGGCGCUCAUCAACUCGGUGCAGCAAAACCGGGAGGACAUCCUGAACGCCAGCGACCGGCUCACCGAGGUCCUGGAGGAGGCCAACACCCUGUUUAACGGAGUGUCCCGGGCCAGAGAAGCGGUGCUGGAUGCCCACUUCCUCGUGUUGGCUUCCGACCUGGGCAAAGAGAAAGCCAAGCAGCUGCGGUCCGACCUGAACUCCUUCGAUAUGUUGAGAUAUGUGGAAACUCUGCUGACGUACAUGGGUGUGAACCCGCUGGAAGCCGAGGAGCUCGUCCGUGAUGAAGACGGCUCCGAUUUCGAAUUCAUAGUCUACGACUCCUGGAGAAUAUCAGGCAAAACGGCGGAAAACACCUUCAAUAAAACCCAUACAUUCCACUUCCUGUUGGGUUCCAUCCAAGGAGAGUGCCCGGUGCCGAAGCCACGGACUGAGCGUCCCCGGAGAAUCUGUGCCGUGGAAAGGGAGCAGGCGAUGCCUGUCCAGUUGAGAAGAAUGGAGGAGUCCCAGCAGGAGGCCACAGAGAAAGAAGUAGAGAGGAUCUUAGGGCUGCUGCAGACGUACUUUCGAGAAGAUCCUGAUACUCCUAUGUCCUUCUUUGACUUCGUGGUCGACCCACAUUCUUUCCCUCGCACGGUGGAAAACAUCUUCCACGUCUCCUUCAUCGUGAGGGACGGUUUUGCAAGAAUAAAACUUGACCAAGACCGACUGCCAAUAAUAGAGCCUGUCAAUAUUAAUGAGGAAAGUGAGGGCAUUGACCAGAGCACCCAAAUCCGGAACCAAGGGAUCAUAGCUCUGAGCUACCGCGACUGGGAGGAGAUCGUGAGGACCUUUGAGAUCUCGGAGCCUGUGAUCGUUUGCAGCCAGAGCCAGCAGAGGCUCGAUGCGGACGCCCGCUGAAGGACUUAAGUGGAUAGUGGAGUCCAAAAAGGAAAGCAGUUUGUAUAUAUUGUAUGAUUGAACAUUUUUAAAGACAGAUUGUUUUUAGUAAAAUGUAGCUUUUGAUAGUUUA